CAUCAAACUCAUCUCAGCGCUCCCGAAGAGAAGCAGCAGCCCGAUCUUCAGAACUAGCUAUACCAGCAAGGAUUAACCGCGAACAACCGAUCAACAUGAAAGUGUUUGCCAUCGCCUGUGUGACCCUCUUGGCGGCCAGCUGCGCCUUCGCCGCUCCCAGUGUCCAAGACAACCGCGUCGAGGGCGAUAACACCCUGGGCAGGGCCGCCAGGUAUCUGGGCGCCUGUCUGGAGAGCGACGACAUGGCCACCUGCCUGGCCGUCAAGGGCAUCACCGCCCUGAACCGCGCCGCCAGGAGCAACAACAUCGAGCUGACCAGCGGAGUCACCUUCCAGAGAGACCCUGCCAGUCCCGUUUCCCGCACCGGAAAGUCGCUGAGUGAGCAGGAUGUUUACGCCGAGCUGCCCCAGAACGCCGAUGAGCGUACUGGUCGUCUGGUGGAUCUGGCUAUCUCCAGUGCCGCCGAGUUCCUGAGCAGCCACAACCUGGAGUUCAAGCUACCCGCCGAGACCACCCAGCAGGUGGCCCGUGCCCUCGAUGAAGGCCGUGGCAAGAUCAAGAAGAUGCUGGGACCCCUUGCCCUGGCCAUCGGAGCCAAGUUGUUCGCCGUCAUUCCCCUGGUGCUCGGCUUCCUGGCCCUGCUGACCUUCAAGGCCGUGAUCGUGGCCAAGCUGGCCUUCUUCCUGGCCAUCCUGGUCGGCGGCUCCCGCCUGCUGGGCGGAUUCGGCAACAAGUUCGGAGGCAACGCCAUCGGCGGAGGCUACAGCUCGAACGCCUGGUCCGCACCCGCCAGCGCCGGCUGGAGCUCGGGAGCCUCCUCCUCCUACCCCUAUGCCCGCAGCAUCAGCGAUGAGUCCGACGCCCAGCAACUGGCCUACGCCGGCCAGCAGCAGCAGUAGAGAGCUCCCAACGCUGCAAAAGAUGUGCCUUCGUUUUGAAACCUUUAGCAUGUAGUAAUUUAUUCGAAAUGUAAUUAACUAAUUUAUUGCGCACAGCAACAGCAUAGUCAAGUCGAAUGUUUGAAUAAAACCAAGAGUAUUGCACCCGACAAAAAUUCAAUCCGUAA